AUGGACCCCUCACUCAGCCUCCCAACAAAUUCGCAGAUCGAGACCUUCCUGGAGCACCAUUACAGGGCUGUACUUCAGCACAUUGCACUAAUGUGCAGGGGCAUAACUGUAAAGGAAAUGAAGGCUAGGAGCGAAACAGGGUGGUAUGCGUUCCUGCCCAGGCCAUCAGCUAAGUACUAUGGGGAGUUGGUGCUGUGGGUGGAAAGUUCAAUCAGUGAGGUAUGGGAGGUUUUACUUCCUGAUGAGCGAGGGGGGUGUGGAGGGUUCGGUUCUGGCAACUUUUUGGAAUGUCAGACAUCACCCAAGGUGUAUUUGUGA